UUCUGGCGCCAUCAUUGGAGCUUUGCACCUACACGGUAUCCAUAACGUCACCUGCUUUGCACCUCCAUUAGAUCGAUAAUUAGCAUCUGAACCAACAGUUUCAAUGGAAGUUCAACAACUUUGAAUUAUAUUGAUUUGAUUGGGCACACCGCAACCGGGGCGGGUCAUUUUUUCGAUUGCCUGUAACGUGCUUGAUAAAAUGCCUGAGCGAAACACCGUUUCGUUAUUAUUGCCACUGGGUAUUUGUUGACAUUUAGGAGUUGUUUUACUUGGAAGGUGAAUUCUAGUUGUCUCAUUUUAGCAUGCCACUAGUUAUGGCUUGUAGGUUUUGGAAGCUGCUUUACAAUGGAGUCCAUUUCAGAACAAACAGAACUGACCCAUUUUAUCUGAACUCAAUGCUUUGUCACACUUCACAAGAUGUUCCUAACUUGCAGUGGUAUCAGAACGAGUUUCCGAAGAUUAAAAAGUUGGCCCAUUUGCUAGCUAAUGUGGAUUCAGUUAAUGGAAGACUCGUUGAUAUGAAUAGUAAUUCGACCAUUUUUAGCGACCAAGUUGAGGAUGAAAUGUGUACCUUCAAGUCUCUUGUCCGUGUGUUUGUUGGUUCUCCGUCUGUUCAGCGAAAAAUUAAACAUGCUUUGGCCACCUCCACCACAAAUACUCAACAUGAUUCAUUUACUCCUUUUAGCGAAGCAGUUGAAAGACACGCUAUGGUGGUUGAUUCACUGACCAAAGUGGGCAACUUUCUCAAUGUUUCUGCUCAGCAGAGGAAAGUGGUUCGCUUUAAAGUGGCCCAACAGGUUACCCAGCACCAUAUAUGGACUGGUGUGCUUAAAGGAACUCUCAAUAAUUUUGCUGCUGAUUUGGACUGUUUUGAUUCUCAGGGCUUAAAUGAAGGUACUAUAUUGGGUAAGCAAAUUGUUCAUAGCUGCUUGAAGCUUCUGACUGAAACUGCCAUUUGCUCUGACAUUGACUCUUCUUCAUGGAUGAAGCUUUCACCUUCUAAAACUAUUAGUUCUUCUGAUUCCCAGAAAUGGGAAGAUGUUCUUAUGAUGUUCAAUGAUCUUAUUGAAUGCUGCAAAAGUGAAACAAAAUUAAAGUUGCAUGUGGCUAAGGCUGAGGCCAUGAAGGAGGGGCUUUUCCAAAUCAAAGAUAUUUUAAUUGAUAACAGUAUUGGUUACAAGGAAGUCAGGCAUCAAGAACACCUAGUGCAGAAGAAGCUUUCCAAAACAUUGGGUCACUCAUCUCGUUGCUUAUUCACGCUAUUACAGUAUUACCUCUAUGGAAGAGUUACUGAUGUUGAAGUAGAUAUGCGUGGUGGGAUUUAUGGAAGUGGAAAGGACAACAGGUUUUGUUUGUUUAUGGGAAGAAUUUUGACAUCGGAUAGUGAGAAGAUGGUUGGGCGGGGUGUGAAGCAGUUGGAUCGGGUACUAGGGCUUUUCAAAUUUGUAUGGGAAACGGCUGGAAUGAAAGGGCAUUUAGAUUUGCAGGGCCAUCUGUGGUGUGUAGGAGCAGAAAAUAGAAUGCUUAGGUAUAGAGGAAACAUGUAUUUCGUGCAUGGCAUUUGCCUUUGAUCAGAGAUUGUAUGACAAUAUCAUUUAAUUAUAUUCUACUUUGCUGAUCUGUCAUCAGUUAGUGGUUGCCAACGGAAACUCAGAUUCAAGAUCUGUUGCGGUGCUUCAUUUGAUAUUGGUUUGUUUUCAAGAAUCAAUGUAAUUUCACCAGGUUUUACAGGAAACUAGCUAGCAAAUAUGUGGGUGUUUGAAUAAAUGGGAUAAUGUGAAAUUCAAAAAAGAAAUUACUGGCAAUAGAAGAAAUAGGAAUUAUACAGUUUGUGUGAUUCUUCUCUUGUUAUUGUUGACAGUAAAAUAAAAUUUCAACUUCGAAUUAUCCGAUGUUACAAUUUCAUUGAC